AUGUGUUGCAGAAAGAACCGUCAGAGUUACUUCGAACAACAAGCGUUGUACUCGCCACCCGCCCGAGGCUGUUGCGGACGACGUCAAGCACAUUUCCAGACAUACACCCAAAACACCUCCAACUUCGCCGAACGACCUACUAUGGCUGGUCUACUUGCCAUCAGUCUCGGCCUUGGUGCCGAGAAACUGGGACGUACCAUAUCCGAGAAAAGACUCGAGCGCAAGGAGAAGAAGGCUAUUGCUCAGCAUGAAGCGAUCUAUGGCUCUUCAUCAUCAGCGCCACCAGCGCCUAUCACGACUCGAGAGAAAAAUAGCAGGACGGAAAAGAAACGCGAGGAGGCUCAGCGCGCACUGGAUGAAGCCCGUCGAGAGCCACCAAGUGCGCCGCAGUACGAAAGCAGACGCCGAAGUAUGGAGACAGAGAGGGUCAGUAAUGAGGAGCCGCCGCCGAGUUACGAUGAUGCAGUACGUCACGAUGAAAAGCGCUCUUGA